AUGACGAAUCAGGCCCAGCCAGUGAUCUUUGAUAAUUCCGAGUUUUUCGAGUAUACGGCACCCGACAAUCUACAAUUCUACACAACAACCUACAGUGAUCCUAACGCGUACACUACAAAUGUUGGAGGUUACUACUCACAGAACGACGCUAACGUUUACACACCGGGGUAUCAUCAGGGAGGAAGUACCGGUAGUUUUUGGAGUGCAUUUGGAACUGGUGGAUUUGCCGACGAGCCGCCACUGUUGGAAGAAUUGGGUAUUAAUUUUGUUCACAUAAAAAUGAAGAGUCUCGCGGCCUUGAAUCCGCUUCGAACGGUUGAUAAGAAUAUAAUGGACGACACAGACUUGGCUGGGCCUCUUCUUUUUUGUCUCGUAUUUGGCUUGUCUUUGCUUCUCACAGGAAAAGUUCACUUUGGAUAUAUCUACGGUGUAGCAGUUCUCGGGUGGUUUUCCAUUUACAUGAUCCUCAAUUUGAUGAGUGAAUCAGGAGUUGAUGGAUAUAGGACAGCGAGCGUACUAGGAUACUGUUUAUUACCGUUGGUAUUGCUGAGUUGCGUCGGAGUAGCGGUUCCUCUAAGCGGUCCGCUCGGAUUACUUGCUUCAGGAGCGGCCAUCAUAUGGUGCACUUACUCCUCUUCGACGAUGUUUGUGACAGUUCUUCAAAUGUCUGAACAACGUUUGUUGGUAGCAUAUCCUGUUGGGCUUUUCAUGUCGGAAACAGACCUGCAUCAAAACAAGGAAAGAAUUUUCCACGAUAUAGGGGAAAUCGUCGAACAUGAGACUGAUGAUACGAGACCAACGGAAAUAGAAAGUUAUUGUGUCAACUGUGAGGAAAAUGGCAUUACAAAAUUAUUGCUUACUCGAAUCCCUCACUGGAGAGACAUAAUAGUCACGAGUUUCGAAUGUGAACAUUGUGGUUUUUCAAACAAUGAAGUCCAAUUUGCCGGAUCAUAUGCUGAAAAAGGCUGCGUGUAUACGUGCAAGAUAUCUACAACGGAAGAUCUUAAUCGUCAAUUAGUCAAAUCCGAAAAUGCGUCUAUCAAAUUCCAUGAGCUUGAUCUUGAGCUACCGUCGUCGAGUAAGCGUGGUACUCUGACCACUGUCGAAGGCUUGAUCUCUGCGAUUAUUGACGAUCUUUCCUCUGGCCAGCCGGUAAGGAAACAUAUGGAUAAAGUAACAUAUGAAAAGAUCGAGGGCAUUAUUGAAAAACUGAAAGGUUACAAAGAGAAUGCAGAAGAGUUUACGAUCAGUAUAGAUGAUCCAUCUGGUAAUAGCUAUAUCGAGAACUUUAAUGUUCCCAACUUGGACACCAAAUUAAAAAUUCGUCAUUAUCCUCGAACGCGCGAAAUGAAUAUCGCCCUUGGACUGAUCAAUCCCGACGUAGAGCCAGUUGAUGCCCAUAAUGAGAUCACUACCGACACUAAAGACGAUGAUGACGUUAUACCCGAUCUAAUGACGUUCCCUGGCAAUUGUUCUGAAUGUAAUAUGCCAGGUGAAACGCGGAUGCAAGUACUUAAUAUUCCUCACUUUAAAGAAGUCGUCAUUAUGUCUACUACGUGUGAUGCCUGUGGUUACAAAUCCAACGAAGUAAAGGCCGGCGGUCCGAUUUCGCCAAAGGGAAAACGCAUAAAGCUCAAAGUCGAAGAACUGGAAGACUUAUCACGCGACAUUCUCAAGGCAGAGACGUGCGGAUUGACAAUCCCCGAAAUAGAACUCGACUUGUUAUCCGGGACGCUUGGUGGUAGAUUUACUACAGUCGAAGGUUUGUUACGACAAGCCUAUGAAGAGUUGGAGUCGCGAAUUCCCUUUUCCAGUGGAGAUUCUGUAACUGAAGACAGAAGAGAAAAAUUUAAAAAAUUCUUGUCGAAAUUGGAUAGAAUUAUAAAAGGAGAGAUAUUACC